AUGGAAAAUAUAAAUCGUCAAACCAAUUCAGAAGACAACAACCCCACUUCAUCACAAGAAAUUCAAACUACUCAAGACAAUGACGACUCGUCGAUAGUUUCCAAUGAAUUGGUUACUAAUACAGUUGACUUCACGUCCACUGAGACUGAGCAAACGAUGUCUCAUAUAUUACCAAAUCGAAAUGUGGAAAUAUUACCAAUUAGUAAGCAGCCUACGACUUCAAUACCAUUAUUAAUUUUUAGUAGACCAACAUCGGUGGUAAUGCAAAACCCAAUGGCACUAUCAUUUAAAAACAGUAUAAAUAAUAAAACCAUUAUAACACCUGAAACCAUUUCAAAUCAGCCACAAACUUUAUUUUUACUGACUUUAGCAAAGUUAAAUGAAAGUUCUAUUAGCUUAGCUUUCGCUAAUAAUCGGAAAAUUAGUAUCUUGCUUAGUAAUACCCUCAAAAAGGAAAAUAAAUCUAAUUUACCAGAACUUUCACCACCUGACUCCAUAACAAGCGCACCUCCUUCCUACUCUUUUGUUCUACGCCAAAUUAAUGCUAGACGAAGACCCAGACUUAUGGGAACAUUUAUUCCAUCGCCCUCUUUUAUUACACAUCCUCCUCCGCCGAAUUAUGCUGCUGCUUUUGACAUUUAUAUGGAUAGUACUUUACCAACUCCAACCACUCGAGUUUAUCAUUUUGGAUUUACUUCGAUGCCUGUAAUUUGUACAGAAUGUGGAUAUACAGGAAUGACUAUGGUUAGGACAAAGGUAACAUUAUGUACACAUUUGUGUGCAUUUGUCUUGUGUAUAUUUUGUUGCUGGAUUUGCGCUCCUCUUCCGUAUGUUUUACGUUCUUGUAAAGAUGUAUAUCACUAUUGCAGAAAUUGUCGUAACUAUUUAGGUAUGUACUGUCCCACAAACCCAGAUAAUCAUCCAUAUUCGUAA